AUGGAAACGCUGGAGACCAUAAAGAGAAAACAGGUGGAGAAAUACCACAAAUCUCCAGCAGCUAAGAGAGAAGAGAUCGAGUGUAAUCCAUACACCGUCUUCCAUCAGGCCCUAGAGAACUGCAAACCCAUCAUUGGCCUGGCCAGUGUUCAGAAAGGAGGCAAAUCUUAUCAGGUGCCCGUUCCUCUCACGGAUAAUCGGCGGCGUUUUCUGGUCAUGAAAUGGAUUAUCACAGAAUGCAGAGACAACAAGCACCGUCGCACACACAUGUACGAGAAACUCUCACAGGAGCUGCUGGCCGCCUUCGCUAACGAGGGAAAUGUAGUGAAACGCCAACACGACCUUCACAAGAUGGCCGAAGCCAACAGGGCAUAUGCACACUACCGCUGGUGGUAGAGAGAAGACGUUUGGACUCCUAGUUCACCCACAGACGUGAUUUGUUUUGGACUGACGGCAUCAGGAGUUUGGGAUGGAUGGGCAUCA